CAGAAAACGUACUGAGUAGGGAACCGUCACAAAUGUACUGACAUAGUAGAGAUGUGAAGAAAAUAAUUUAUUCUGAAUAUUGUGUAGUAUUUUAAAAUGCUCUAAAAACAGAAAAUAUUCUAUGUAGACAUUGGUUAAAACUUCAAAUUACUCUGGCCAGAAACGACCAAUAAAAAGCAAGCUACUUGAAGAGACCUAGCUAGUGAAUGGAAUCAAUAAAAAUAAUAGUUGACAAAGUAUUACAGAUCUAAGUUUAUUAACAAAUAAAUUUAAAAUGGAAGCAUUUGGUAAAUAAUCUAUGUUAUUCAAAUUAGGAAAUAAAACAAUUCGAAAUACAUGAACACCAUGGCUCAGAUAAGUAUCAAGACGUAAAAGCUGAAGGGGUGCCUAAAGUCAGCAUGUAAAUCAUAGGACGUGAAUACAUCUACGCUUCCUGGAAGUGCAUUGAUGUGACGUUUUCAUCUUCAAUGGCGCAAGUUAAUACAAUAAAAUGAUUUUAGAAAACAGUAACUUACUGCGAAACAAGUGCACCACAUCAUCCACACUUUAUGAAUAAGGUAAGAGGAUGAGCCAUCUGAAGGAUGUUUUCCAGGACAUUCAGCCGGUAACACUGCACCUCGCGGAGGAGAGCGCCACCUCCAGGCUGUACUGCAGCACUGCGGAGGGGAUGGAGGCGCAGGUGUCCACCCUGGUGGAGGCCUUCCUGGUGGAGGUGUACCGCUGUCGGGUGUGCCAGUUCACCAGCAGCCUGAAGGCCAGGAUCAGCACGCACGUCGCGGAGAGACACGACCUGGGACGGGCCUGCCAGCGCCCUCUGUCCUGUCUGGGGAAGGAUGACGGUGAGAGCCUGGAUGUGGAGGUGGGGGUCGCUGACGGGGAGCUCGACAGCAGCAGCUCCCCCUAUGGCCUGGAGGACGAACUGCACUCGGGUGCGAAGGAUGGCGAAGACCACAUCGACCACAUGGGCCUGGAACGCAUGUCCUUCCUGCUGCCCAUGUACAGCAUGCUGCACAACAUCAGCCCCCAGUCAUGUGACAUGGGUCUUGGCUCCAACUCCGAUGGCGGCCUCCAUGUCGCUCACACCUGUGAGGUCAGCACCCUGUUUGAAGAAGAAGAGGGUGAGGCAGAACAGGAGCCAGCGGAGUUCCGGUUGGAGGACGGCGGUUCAGUCGAACUCCCCGGGCCCCUGCCGUACCCCAUGGACUCUGUGGGCCCCGGGGCGCAGGAUGAGGAGAUGGCCCAGUCGGCCCACCUCAUGUCGCUGGGGUUGUGCCGGAUCUCCAACAUGAAGUGUCUCCCCAGAAGCGGGACCCCGGAGCCCAGGUCCAGCCCGGCGCCCGAGCGAAGCCGGGACGCCGACGUCCCCCAGGCUGAGGAGCCGCGCGGCCCCGCCGCCGCCGCGGGCGUCCCGAAGCUGCCGGGCGCGGGGCGGGGCCCGUCCUGCGUCCUGUGCCGGGCGAGCCUGACCUCGCGGUCCCAGCUGGAGCUGCACCUGAGGUGCCACGCGGGCGAGCGGGGCUUCCGCUGCCCGCGCUGCGGCUGGGAGUCGCCGGCCUGGGGCAAGAUGGAGCGCCACUGGAGGGCCCACGGGAGGAGAGGCGGCGGCCGGCCCCACCGCUGCCCGCUGUGCGCCCGCGCCUUCCGGACCGUCGAGGCGCGCGACGCCCACCGCCGACGGCACGCCAGGCGGAGGGGCGACCCCGUGCGGUGCGCCCGCUGCCCCGUCUGGUGCCGCUCCCCGCAGGAGAGGGAGCUGCACGCCCGCUGCCACGCCCAGGGGGGCUUCAAGUGCCUCCACUGCGGAUUCAGAGACCAGUCAUGGGACAGCGUCCGCAGGCACAUGCUGACUGAACACAGCCCCCUGCAGGGCCAGCAGGCCGGGCCAGAGACCAGCUCCAGCAGCACGUGCCCUCAAAGGGGGGUGGAGUCUGCAGAGGCGGGGCCAGAGGCCGGCCGGGGGCAGAGGAAGAGGAGACCGAGGGGGUGGAGGAAGGGCGGUUUGCAGAACGGAGACGGAGAUGGAGACGGGGGUGGGGGUGGGGCUACAGAAGGCGAGGCGCCCCGCAUCGCGAAGAGAGCGCGGGGGAGGAAGGAGUUCUGCUGCUCUCUGUGUGACCGGAAGUUCUCCACCAAGCUGAGCCUUCGGCGGCACAUGGGCAUCCACAGGGGAGAGAAGCCGUACCAGUGCCCACAGUGCCCCUACAACACCCGCCUGAAGGCCUCACUGGUGCAGCACCUGCGGGUCCACACAGGUGAGAAGCCCUUUAAGUGCACGCAGUGUCCGUACGCGUCGAUCGACGGGAGCUCCCUGCGCAGGCACGCACGCACACACACCCAGGAGAAGCCUCACCACUGCCAACACUGCUCCUACAGCAGUAUACAGAAGAAGAGUCUGGACCUGCACGUGAGACGUCAUCACACGGGCGAGUCCUUCCCCUGUCACCUGUGCCGAUACUCCACCCCCGACCGCCAGCUGCUCCACCGCCACCUGCGCAGAACCCACUCCUCUGAUUCGCUGGCCCAGAGGCCCCGCCCACACAGCCCGCCCUCCGGAGGGGGAGCUGCCCCCGCCCCCUCCUCCCCUGCCCUGUCCCUCAGAAUGUCCCCCCUGCACCACACCCCGUCCCCCCUCCACCACACCCCAUCCCCCCUCCACCACACACCGUCCCCCAGCUCCUGACACCAGCUCCGGGGCGUCUGUGACAGGACCUCAGGGAGGCUCU